GCAGCUCGUAUCAGUUUUCAUGUGCUAGUCAUUCGAGAGAGAAAAUACAAAUCCACACGCAGAGGAGAGAAAUUAAAGCCAGGAAAUGGCCCCUUCUCAAGUUAAUGGAGACGUGCACAAUCGAGUCAAGGUUCCGAAGGUCAAAUUCACCAAGCUCUUCAUCAAUGGAGAAUUUGCAGACUCUGUUUCAGGAAGGACUUUCGAGACGAUAGAUCCGAGCAACGGUGAUGUAAUAACGAGAAUAGCGGAAGGGGGUAAAGAAGACGUUGACUUGGCGGUCAAAGCUGCUCGUGAGGCAUUUGAUCAUGGCCCUUGGCCUCGUCUUUCCGGUGCAGAAAGACAAAGGGUCUUGCUGAAAUUGGCGGAAUUGAUAGAGGAAAAUGCAGAAGAAAUAGCUGCUCUUGACACAAUUGAAGCAGGAAAGUUAUUCACGGAAGGGAAGUACGUGGACAUCCCGGCAGCGGCAACGAACUUCCGGUACUACGCUGGCGCUGCCGACAAAAUCCACGGCACCACGCUGAAGAUGUCGAGGAACAUCCAAGGUUACACGCUGCUGGAACCGAUUGGGGUGGUCGGACACAUAAUUCCCUGGAAUUUCCCAGCUCAAAUGUUUUCUAUGAAGGUUGCACCAGCUUUGGCUGCGGGGUGUACCAUAAUUCUGAAGCCAGCAGAGCAGACCUCUCUCUCAGCUCUCUAUUAUACUCACCUAUCAAAAAUUGCGGGAGUCCCAAAUGGAGUUCUGAAUGUGGUGACCGGGUUUGGAUCCACGGUCGGGGCUGCCAUUAGCUCUCACAUGGACAUUGAUAAGGUUUGUUUCACGGGGUCUACUAGGGUCGGGCGGAUGAUAAUGCAAGCCGCGGCUGCUAGCAACUUGAAAAAAGUGUCAUUGGAACUCGGCGGCAAGUCGCCUUUCAUAGUUUUUGACGACGUAGAUGUCGAUAAAAUUGCUGAUAUUGCUCUUGCCGCUACCACAUUCAAUAAGGGAGAGAUAUGUGUGGCAGGUUCUCGUGUGUUCGUCCAGGAGGGGAUUUAUGACAAAUUUGUAAAUAAGGUGGUGGAGAAAGCAAAAUCCAAAGUGGUUGGAGAUCCUUUUGAUCCAAAUGUUCAGCAAGGACCCCAAGUUAGCAAAAACCAGUUAGAGAGGGUGCUUUCGUACGUGGAGCAUGGAAAGAGAGAAGGUGCUACAUUGUUAGCCGGUGGGAAGCCAUUAAAUAGGAAAGGAUAUUUCAUUGAGCCAACUAUUUUCGCGGAUGUCACGGAUGAUAUGAUAAUUGCAAAGGAGGAAAUUUUCGGACCUGUUAUGUCUAUAUUGAAGUUCAAGACGGUGGAGGAGGUGAUCAAGAGGGCGAAUUCAUCGAACUACGGAUUAGCGGGCGGGGUCAUGACGAAUAACUGGGACAUCGCCAACACGGUUUCAAGAUCAAUCAGAUCAGGCGUGAUAUGGAUCAACUGCUAUUUCGCCUUUGACGCCGACUGCCCCUACGGUGGAUACAAAAUGAGCGGAUUCGGAAGAGACCUGGGAAUGGAAGCCCUAUCAAAGUAUCUGCAAGUGAAGUCUGUUGCCACUCCAGUCUAUAAUUCUCCUUGGAUGUAGUGAACCAACCUGCGUUUUUGGUGGUACACUUGUAGUAUUAGCAGCUUAAUAAUCCCUAUAAUCGACACAAUGAUGGAUCUGUGUAAAUGAUGUGUAAUAAGCUGUUGUUUAUGGUCCUCCGGUGUGGGUGACUGCUGGUGUUAUUUAUAUUUAGUACUCGUUCUUAAAUCUUAAAUAGAUGCAAUAAGAUGAAUUCAAAUAAUUGAACUGAUA